GUAUGGUAUCUUGCGGUUUUGACGUUAGCCUACUCUGGUGUUUUUGAGAUAUUUACCACCUUCAGGCAGAUCAAGAAAAUACCAGCUGUGACAGACCCAGAACUGCUUGCUGGAGUCACAAUAAUACGUCCCUUGAAAGGAAUCGACACUGAGAUCGUUCAUUGCCUCGAAUCAUCUUUUUUGCAAACCUACCCUUCGAACAAGUUUGAAAUCAUCUUUUGCGUUGAAUCCUCCAAUGAUCCUGUCAUCUCCAUAGUGCAAGAAUUGAUCAAAAAGUAUCCGAAGAUUGUGUCUCGACUUUUGAUUGGAGAUUCGAGCCAUCCUGAUCAUUUUGGGCCCAAUCCGAAGAUCAAUAAUCUUGCUAAGGGGUUUUUAAAGGCCAAAUUUGACAUCAUAUGGGUCAUGGAUUCAAAUGUGUGGGCAUCUAAUGGCUGUUUAAUGAGAUCUGUUCUCUCAUUUUCGAAAAAAAAUAACAAAGUAAAAGUGGUCCAUCAUCUUCCGUUGGGCAUUUCUUUUAUUUCGAAAUCAAGCAAUGAUUUAGGAUCGAAAUCUGAUGAAAUGUUUUUAAAGACUUCUCAUGCAAAGUUCUAUGCUGGUUUUGAUAAAGUCUCGGUGGCGCCAUGUGUCAAUGGGAAAUCAAAUCUAUAUAGAAAGAGUGAUAUCGAUUUAGCUGUUCAAAACAUUGGAAUGGGCCACAUUCCUUCGACAAAUGGUCAAUCUGGAGACUUGAAAGCUGAUGCUGCUUAUUAUUCUCAGUUUCCUGGUUAUGGUAUCAGAUACUUUUCCAAAUUCAUUGGAGAAGAUAACAUGAUUGCGAUAGCAUUAUGGAAUAUCCAUGGUAGAACUGCUUUCUCGGGGGAUUGUGUCAUACAGCCUUUGGAAAAUUUCUCGUUAUCUGCAUUUUCCAGUUUGAAAAAAUAUUGCAUACGCAGAGCAAGAUGGCUCAGAGUUCGUAAAUAUAUGGUUUUGGCUGCCACCUUGUUAGAACCAACCACUGAAUGCUUUGUGAGUGGUAUUGGUGCAUCCUUCUCAGUCGCUGUUUUGUUUUUGAAGUCAAAUUAUCUUUUCUCAUACACUUAUUUUUGUUGUCAUAUUUUUUUUUGGAUUUUAACCGACUAUUUUCAAUUUCAUAUAUUGCUAAAAUACUCUGGAGCAGAUGAUCCUCGUUAUUCACAGGAAAUCCCAUUUUUUGUCAUUUUAAGUAGUCAAUCAUCUCACUAUAGAAAUCUAAAACAAUGGUUGCCUAUAUGGCUAUUAAGAGAAACUUUGGCAUUGCCAAUUUGGAUAUAUGCAAUGUGUGGUCAAUCAAUUGAUUGGAGAGGAAGACCAUUCAGAAUAAGAAGUGAUUUAACUGCUGAAGAAAUA